GGGGUGAACCGCUCUUCCGACUUUGGCUUUUGCUGUGUCCAUCCCCAAAAACACCUGAGGGGAGGCUCUGGGUGUUGGUGCUCAGCUCUGUCCCUUCCCAAGCUCCCUCUGUGUGGCUCCAGCUCUCAGGCUCUCACAGGGUUUGCUCACCAGCUCUUCUCUUCCCCAGGGCCACUGUCCCACGGAGAACAGGUCACCCCACACUGGCUGCUGGGGGGCCGAGCCCGCAGAGCCGUCAGCCUGGAGGAGCAGGUGCCGGCGCCUGCCCGGGCAGAGGUGGCUGUGACGGCCGAGGGCAGAGAGCUGGUGCUGGUGCUGGAGAGGAACCAGGUGAACCACAAACGAGCCACAGGGACGUGGCUGGGGCCGCGCUGGCGGCAGGACAGCGAGUGGGAGGAGCACUGUCACUACCACGGGCACGUCCGCGGCCACGGCGGCUCCUGGGUCGUGAUCAGCACCUGCUCGGGAAUACGGGGCCUCAUAGUGCUGAGCAGCAACACCAGCUACUACCUGAGACCCCUGGGGACCCCUGAGCCAGGUCUCCACCUCAUCCACCGAGCAGAGCACCUGCCCAUGCCAGGGGGCACCUGUGGGCACGGCCAGCACCUGGGGAGCACCGUGGCUGGCAUUGCCCAGCUCUUCCAGCCGCAGCACCCACGGGCCAGAAGAGAUGCCUGGAGGACCAUGAAGUACAUGGAGCUCUUCAUCGUUGCUGAUCACACCCUGUACAGGAACCAGAACCUCAACCUGGGCCACACCAAGCAGCGCAUCGUGGAGAUCGCAAACUACGUGGACAAGUUCUACAGGCUGCUGAACAUCAAGGUGGCCCUGAUUGGGCUGGAGGUGUGGACGGAACGGGACCAGUGCACGGUGAGCAGCGACGCCAACGCCACGCUCUGGGCCUUCCUGCAGUGGAAGAAGUCGCUGAGGGCGCGCAAGAAGCACGACAACGCCCAGCUGCUGACGGGGAAGACCUUCGGGGGCACCACCAUUGGAAUGGCUCCGCUGGAGGGGAUGUGCAGCGCCGACAACUCCGGAGGGGUCAGCGUGGACCACGCGGAGCAGCCCGUCGGAGCCGCGGCCACCAUGGCCCACGAGAUCGGCCACAACUUCGGCAUGGUCCACGACACCAAGGGCUGCUGCGUGGAGGCCACCCCGGAGCAGGGCGGCUGUGUCAUGGCAGCAGCCACGGGCCACCCCUUCCCUCGCGUGUUCAGCUCCUGCAGCAAGAGGCAGCUGGAGAAUUACUUCCAGAAGGGAGGGGGAAUGUGCCUCUUCAACCUGCCCGACACCAAGGACCUGGUGGUGGCACGGAAAUGUGGCAACGGCUUCCGGGAGGAGGGAGAGGAUUGUGACUGCGGGGAGGUGGAGGAAUGCACCAACCCCUGCUGCAACGCUCACAACUGCACGCUCAAGGAGGGGGCCCAGUGUGCCCACGGUGACUGCUGCCACAGCUGCAAGCUGAAGGUGGCCGGGACCCUGUGCCGGGAAGCCGCGGGAUCCUGUGACCUGCCCGAGUUCUGCACCGGCGCCUCUCCGUACUGCCCGGCCAACGUGUACCUGCUGGACGGCUCCGAGUGCGCGCACGGCCACGCCUACUGCAGCACCGGCAUGUGCAUGACCCACCAGCAGCAGUGCGUGCAGCUCUGGGGGCCAGGAGCGUGGCCAGCGCCCGACGCCUGUUUCCAGGACGUGAACAUGGCUGGGAACACCUACGGCAACUGCGGCAAGGACAGCCAGGGCCGCUACGUCAAGUGUGACAAGAGGGAUGCCAUGUGUGGGAAGAUCCAGUGCCAGAGCUCUGCCAAGAAGCCCCAGGGCACCAACACGGUGUCCAUCGACACCACGAUCCGCUUCAAGGGCCGCGAGGUGAAGUGCCGCGGCACCUUCGUCUACAGCGCCAAGGACGACCAGGAGGACCUGUCCGACCCGGGGCUGGUGCUGACGGGCACCAAGUGUGGGGACGGGAUGCAGCAGGCGGCCGAAGGACGCGUCCUGCAGCAGCUCCCGCAGGGCAGCGCUCGCCCUCCGCAGCCCCUGCUCGCAGCCCAGGUCAGCGGCCACGCACUGCACCCGCAGCCCGGUGUCACCGCCGGGGUCAUUCCCGGUGGCCCCGGCCCGCAGCUCGCUCGCCAGCUCGCCCAGCGCAUCCGCGGACCGCGCCAGCAGCAGCAGCACCGAGCCGGGCCCGAGCUGCGGCGCCAGCAGCCGAGUCCCUUCCCUCCCAAACCAUCCCGGCACUCUGUGAUGUCCAAGGGGCAGCCUUGUCAGGGGUGUCCAGCUGUCCAUCCCUGCCCCAUGAGCCAUCACUUCCACACGUCCCUGGUGGUGUCCAACCCUCCCCUCUGUCCCCAGGUCUGCAACAGCAACAAGAACUGUCACUGUGACCCGGGCUGGGCCCCCCCGUUCUGCGAGAAGCCGGGUCUGGGGGGCAGCGUGGACAGCGGCCCCGUGCAGAGCCACAACCACGAGCCCACGCUGAUCGCCCUGGUGGUCAUCUCCCUGUUCCUGCUGCCCGCCCUGGCACUGAGCAUCUACUACUGGUACCAGCAGGAGAACUCCCUGCUGCACAGGUGGAUCCGGGAGACCAGGCACAGGAGCCACGGGGCCUGCAGGAACAAAUCCAUCGGGAGGAAGUCGAGCAGUGCCCAUCCCAAAGCUGCUUUCACCCUGAGGGACAUUUCAGCCUCCAGCCACCCCACUAAGGGGCUAUCCCCCCUGGUGCCCCCCAAAGCCCAGGCCAAGCUCCCACCGCCGAGGAAACCUCUGCCCUGCAGCCCCGUGAGAGACCCUCAGGUGAGAGACCCUCACCCCGCCCCGCGCCGGCCGCUGCCGGGCGCUCCCCUCCUGGCCAAGGAGCUGCCCCCUGCCCACGGACAGACCCUGCUGGUCAUGGUCCCUCCCUCCAGCUCCAAGGCAUCGGGGACGAGCGGCUCCAGCCACCCCACGAGGCCCUUCAAGUGA